CAAAUAAACGUCCUUAUGAAAAAGUUGAUACUAGUGCACAGGUCCUUGAUAGAUUAAGGAAAAGGGCUAAGCCAUCGCUCCCGGAUCCUGAUGAACUUGCUACAUUCGAACAAUCUCUCACAGAUGACAUAAAGAUUCCCCUUCUUAGUGCUUAUACUUUCAUCACUGGUGUGCUUGGCUCUGCUAUUAUGACACCCUCACCUGCACCCGAUGGAACAUUUGUCACGUUUUGGGACAUCAACAUCCGAAGAUUUCUUGAAACUUUCUUUCCGAUUGGUCGUUCUGUUCGAAAUACAAAUCAGCACAUGAGCACCAAUAACAUGCAUUCAAACUUUGGAUUCAUUCUCAACCAAGUGUGCCUAUUUAGAGGGGAGGAGAAGACUCCCAAUAGCAGAGAAGAGGUGUGGGCUGAGCUCGUAGAGAAAAUUCAAUGGAUCUAUGAUCCGGCUCCAUACGUUUUGGGCUACUAUGCUAUUGGACCAUCAGUAACCUAUGUUGCUCUUUGCCGGCCACGAUCUGGAAAUUAUAAGCCAGAUAUUAUCACCAUUGGAACUGUUGACUUGAGUCUGAGGAAGGAACGUAUCCGUAAUUUGCGAAUACUCAUAAAUUUAUGCUCUAUCAUUGAGCCGAUUAAUGAUGUAAUAGGAUGGCGUGAAACUGCGGAGGAAAGUAAAACAAUUUGUAUAACUGGCACAAGCAUUAAAAAGACUUACCAUGGUCCAGAUGGUGAACAGCGUAUCCAAAAACUACGGAACAUCUAUAAUAUACUCAGAAGUGAACAUGUGCCAAACGUUGAUGAUCUAAUUCUUUCCUAUACAGACAAUGAUCAUGGAUCACUGACUGUUAUGCAUGAAGCUGAGACACCUAUCUUUCAUAGAGAUAUAAGAUGGCCAAAUAUAAUACAACUACAUGGAUCACAAUGGAUAUUAAUUGACUGGGAAGAUGCUUCCAGUAUGCCUACUCGUGCACCUGAAGUGUUUAAGGAUGAUUAUAAAGGAGAAGUUGACAUUUGGAGUGUCAGCUGA